ACGAUUAUAGGUUUAUUUUAUUAGAAAGGACAGGUAUUUUAACGUAAUAAUCGAUGGUUUUCGAAGCGUACAAGUGUGGCUAGCUAGCUCUAUAGCAAGAGUCAUUGAGCUUCAGGUCCAGGAGGGUUCUGAAUGCAGUUUGUCGGUCCAGUGUGGUUGAGACAUGGCAGAAGAUCAGUUAAAGGCAGACGCCUCGGCUGGGGAGGGGGAGACGGAGCCCAGUAUGCUGCUGCAGAAGCUCAAAAGCAACAUUGCUAAAAAUGUGCAGGUUAAAGUGGACAAAAUUUUGGAAGAUGUACAGCGUUUCUCUGACAACGACAAGCUCUACCUUUACUUACAGCUACCCUCAGGUCCAGGAGCAGGAGAGAAGAGUGGUGAUUCAAACUCAGUCAACACGGCAGACCAGCUUCACACCUGCAACUGGAUCCGUAGCCACUUGGAAGAACAUCCUGACACCUGCCUGCCUAAACAAGAUGUUUACGAGACAUACCGGAAGCACUGUGACAACUUACAGCAUCGGCCUCUAAGUGCAGCAAAUUUUGGCAAAAUCAUCCGAGACAUCUUCCCAAACAUUAAAGCAAGAAGACUGGGUGGAAGAGGACAGUCCAAAUACUGCUAUAGUGGGAUACGUCGAAAGACAGUGUUAAACAUGCCAUUACUCCCUAACCUGGACCUCAAAAAUGACCCGUCUGAACUGACAGAACUGGUGCAAACCUACAAGCAAGAGGUCACCGAAGCAGCCUGUGAACUCAUCUGUGACUGGGCCCAGAAGAUCCUGAAGCGCUCUUUUGACACGGUGGUAGAAAUCGCACGCUUCCUCGUACAGGAGCACAUCGUUAACCCACGCUGCAGUCAAGCUGAGCUCGUCACUUCAGCUGCUCUGGCAGGCGGACCUUCCAAACCUCAUAAGGUAAUCAAAAAGAUUGCAGCAGCUUCCAGAGCAGGUGGAGCAGAAGAAGAUAAUGUCAGUGCAGAAAAUAAGCAAAAAGAGAAAGAUGGUGUGGAACAGCUUCCAUCCAAUAAGCAGCAGGUCAGCGAUAAACCAACCAAUAAGGUUGAGUCUGCUCGAGUGGAGGCGUAUAUGAAGAAACUGCCUCAGCUCCUUCCCAGAGGCACUGUUCCAGAGAAAACCUCCCCACCAGCCGAUUCGGGCAGCGUUCAAGUCACUUUGCCUAUUACAGUCACAACGAUACCUUCUCAACCAGGCGGCACAGUCCCCGUUAUGAUAUUACCAUCGGGUAUGAGUCUCUCUUACCCAGAGCAUGAGAAAACAUCAGUCACGGUCAACACUUCUGCUGCUCCAACUCCAGUCGUCCAGAGAGCACGACCGGCAGCUCCUAAGAGGGGCCCUGACCCCUCCACCGCAGUGUCAGCUGCUGGUGUUACUCAGAAACGCAAAAGAGGACGACCCAGAAAGCAAAGACCUGAAGACAUGGCACAGCAGGUACUGUCAGCCCCAACCUCAAAUCCAGCUUUGCUCACGAGAGGAGUAAUCCAAAAAGCCCUGCCUUCCUGUGCGCCAGCCGCUCCUUCACAGUUGGUGGAAAUUGUGUUCCAGGACCAGCAAGGAUUGAUGCUAAGCCAACUUCCCACCAUCCAGGAAGUGACAGAUGCUGAGCAUAGAGGUGUAGUGGUGCAAUGUCAACCUGCAGCAGAACCUGAGAAGCAGCAGUCCAUCCUGCUCAUGCAAGGGCCAAACCAACCGGGUUACGAGCUGAGCCGCAGGAUGGUCAUCCAGCGUGCGCCGUUAUCCAGAGAAGGAAGGCCGGCUCCCCAAGAAGUGCCACAGUCCACUCUUCCAUACCUCCCACCGGCAACGUUAUUAGAGGACAGAGGAGAAGUGGAAAUUACCCUGACUCCUGUGGAGCCACAGGUCGAUUCCAUGCCAAACUCAGCAGGUAUUCCCAGCUCCUUCGGCUCCUUGUUUGGAGAAACUCCAAAACCAGAUGCCCCGUAACAGCAGCACAGCAACUGUCUCCUUUCUCCGAGACUUCUAAAUGCGCAAUGCUUUUCCAGUGCUUCUGUGAAUGGCAUACUAGUUUGUAGUCAAACUGAGGUGUACCAUCUUGGCUGAGCUUGAUUGGGUUUGUCUGCUUUCUGUGUAAAAAGAUAGAACUAGAAGAAAUGACGACCUGUCAUUGUUGCCUUCAAACAGCAACUACACUCAUAUUUUCAUAUUAUUAAUACGAAAAAUUCCUGAAGAUUUCAGGAGUGCUUUUGAAGAGAUUAUAAAUUAAAGUGGCCUAAAACAAAAGUUUUAACAAGAAAGAGUGAACUUUAAGAGCAUUUGAAAUUGAAAAACAGAUAUACUCACUAAUAACAGUCCAGUCUGGUCCAGCUCAGUCAUAAAACAAAAGGACUUCUAAAAAAAAAAAAAGAAAAAAGAAGAGAAAUCACCAUAGUUACCAAUGAACUGCUUACCAUCUGUCGGUGUUUAUUGCCAUACUCUGUGACAUAAGAGGGCAGUUGGUCUUUUUUGCUCUAACCAUCUUUGCAUGUUUGUGUGUGUAAAUAUGAAUUGAGACAUUUGAGUGUGUUUUCUAGCUGUUCAGAUGACAAAGAGUGGUUUUACGGGUUUGCGACUUCAGGGUUCUAAAAAAAAGUCCCUCCCUCACCCAUUGAUUGGGUUAAUAGUUCAGUUUUCUUUAAACGUCACAAUUAACAAAACUUCAAAAUUACUACAUCCAGUUGCUUUUGUGAAGGUCGAGAAGACACUACUGGUUCAGAUGGUGCAUAGCGUAGGUGAAUGCAAAAACAAAGUAUGCAAAUGAGGCUGUGAUUUCGGGAUUCUUCUCAAAGCCCCGCCCCCUGCGUUCAGCUCUGUCCAGUCGUUCUCUUACAACAACGUAAUUUAGCACUUAACAGAUGUAAAUAGUUGAUCUGUGAGCCCAGAAGGAUAUCUUCAUAGGUAAAGUGUACCAGAACUAAUUUAAAACGUUUUAUUUUCCAAAUGUAUAGCCAUCGUCACUAUAUUGAUACUAUGGAAUAUUAUUAUUAUUAGUUACUAGUAAAGUGUGCUCUGUCACCCUAAAGGCAUGUAAAAAAAAAUAGAAGAUAUUAAAAUUUCUGAAAUUUGAUUAUAUUAUUUAAAUUUAAACUGAAAUAUGGACUAAUUAUUUAUUUAUUCAAAUUGUACAAAUCUUGAGCCACAACAGCAUCUUUUUGUCUAGAUUAUCAUAUCUUAAAGGAGAAUUUUACUCUAUUUUUAUAGCCUUGGAUUGCUGUAUUUUUUUACUAGUUGUUUUCAGAUAUUACACUUGAUCUUAGCCAUAAAUGUGAGGGGGGAAAUUUAGUUUAAUUCGAAAAAUUUCUACUGUAGCAGUUUUAUGAAUAUUAUUUAAUGCGCUUUAUUACAUUUGAAGGUAUUGAAAGGCUAUGAAUUGGGAGAAAAAAUAUCUCCUUUAAGGUUCAAGCUCAAUGAAGGCUGUUUGUGGUUAAUAGAGGUUUAAUAGGCACUUAAUGUAAAACAAAGCCACUCCAAUUAUGAAUAAAAGAUUUGGAGGCAGAUGUUACUAUUUAUUCAGAUAUUGUAGUAAUAUAUGUGAGAUGGGAAAUGACUAGUGAUAAUUUUACUAUGGAUAAUGGUGCUUUAAAAAAGCUGAACGGGUUUAACUGACUACACAAAUGAUUGUGAUUCACAUCGCAGUGAUUUCACCAAUCAGCAAUCUGACUGCACUUAAUGCAGCUUUGCAUUCUGGUACAAAGGUUGCAAAUCAGACAACCUGCUAGCAUUAGCAUAAAUUGCAUUUAGGUUUGUGUAAUGAAUGUGCUGUAUAUGUCAUGUUUAAUUCUGAAUUAACAUGGCUGCUUAAUUUACUCAAGGUUUAAAGUUUGAUUCUAACCAAAACGAAUGGAUUUGUUUUUUCUUUGAAUUACAGGAGCUUUUAUUUUGUA